AUGAGCGAGAGUGAAUUACGUUCUCCUUCUGCUGAGUACGAUGCCGCUAAGGUCUACUGGGGUGGCGUUUCGGCUAGUGUUGAUGGCAUGCUGGGCGGCUUGGUCGAACUUUCUUCACCUGACGUUGCUGAUUCCCGCCAGUUUAUCAGAAAGCUGAUUCGAAAGCCUGUUGAAUCUUCAGUCGGAUUGUUGUCAUACCACCCUUCCGCUGACAGGUUUCCGUUCAAUGAUUCUGUCAGCGAGGUUGGGUUUUACCAGAAUGCCAACACCGGCCUGAGCGCCCGUCGUUUUAUCGACACCUGA